AUGAAGAACUCUGUCGGUAUUUCAAUUGCAACCAUUGUUGCUAUCAUAGCAGCUAUAUACUAUGUGCCAUGGUACGAACACUUUGAGAGAAAGUCACCGGGGGCCGGAGAAAUGAGAGAUCGGAUUGAAAGCAUGUUCUUGGAAUCGUGGAGAGACUAUUCCAAGCAUGGCUGGGGAUACGAUGUGUAUGGACCUAUUGAGCACACUUCCCAUAAUAUGCCUCGUGGCAACCAGCCGUUAGGCUGGAUUAUCGUAGAUUCAGUGGAUACCUUGAUGUUAAUGUAUAACUCCUCCACACUAUACAAAAGUGAGUUCGAGGCAGAAAUUCAGAGAUCGGAGCAUUGGAUAAACGAUGUUUUGGAUUUUGAUAUUGAUGCCGAAGUGAAUGUUUUUGAAACUACUAUUAGAAUGCUAGGUGGUUUAUUAUCCGCAUAUCAUCUAUCUGAUGUUUUAGAAGUAGGUAAUAAGACUGUCUACUUGAACAAAGCAAUAGAUUUGGGGGAUAGGCUUGCUUUGGCGUUCUUAUCCACUCAGACCGGAAUUCCAUACUCAAGUAUAAACCUUCAUAGUGGCCAAGCGGUUAAGAACCAUGCAGAUGGGGGGGCAUCUUCUACCGCAGAAUUCACUACGCUACAAAUGGAAUUCAAAUAUCUGGCGUAUUUGACAGGAAAUCGUACUUAUUGGGAGCUGGUGGAGCGUGUUUACGAGCCAUUAUACAAAAAUAACGAUCUUCUAAAUACCUACGAUGGAUUGGUUCCAAUUUAUACAUUUCCAGAUACUGGGAAGUUUGGUGCUUCGACUAUCCGGUUCGGAUCAAGAGGUGAUUCUUUUUAUGAGUAUUUACUAAAACAAUAUUUAUUGACGCACGAAACACUUUAUUAUGAUCUGUACAGAAAAUCCAUGGAAGGUAUGAAAAAGCAUUUAUUAGCACAAUCCAAACCCUCUUCUCUGUGGUACAUUGGGGAAAGAGAACAAGGUCUACAUGGACAACUUUCUCCUAAGAUGGACCACCUCGUGUGCUUUAUGGGGGGAUUGUUAGCAUCAGGCUCUACUGAGGGCCUUUCUAUUCAUGAAGCCCGAAGACGUCCGUUUUUCUCUCUUUCCCUUGAAAGAAAAAGUGACUGGGAUUUGGCUAAAGGGAUAACUGACACAUGUUAUCAAAUGUACAAGCAGUCUUCCUCGGGGCUUGCGCCUGAAAUCGUUGUCUUCAAUGAUGGAAACAUAAAACAGGAUGGUUGGUGGCGGUCGUCUGUGGGUGAUUUUUUUGUUAAACCACUCGAUAGGCACAACCUACAAAGACCAGAAACGGUGGAAUCGAUUAUGUUCAUGUAUCAUUUAUCUCAUGAUCACAAAUAUCGUGAAUGGGGGGCGGAAAUCGCAACUAGCUUCUUUGAAAAUACCUGUGUUGAUUGUAAUGACCCAAAAUUAAGGCGGUUCACCAGUUUAAGUGAUUGUAUCACGUUACCUACAAAGAAAUCUAACAAUAUGGAAAGUUUCUGGUUGGCAGAGACUUUAAAGUAUUUAUAUAUAUUGUUUUUAGACGAGUUUGAUUUGACCAAAGUUGUUUUCAACACAGAAGCUCAUCCUUUUCCAGUAUUAGACGAAGAAAUAUUAAAAUCGCAGUCUCUGACCACAGGUUGGUCGUUGUAG